ACAAGCACAUGUGACGUUGUGUAAGCGCGUGAAAUAGCAAAAUUGUGUGAAUUCAUCGAUAUCUUUCGAUUAUAUCAUCGUCCCCGAUUGGCAUUGGUUUCUUUUCUCGGGUUUAGCUGCUAUUCAAUGUUGACAUCAUUUAAAAAGUUUACCUGAUAACAGUUGACUGAUUGUUGAUGAUUAGCUUGUGAAAGUAAAUGUAAUCAGGGGGUGUGUUUGUGUUCAGAUCUAUUAGGAACAUGUGAUUCCGAAGAAGCAAAAAUAAAGGCUUUGAGAUGACCUCUCCAAAAAGUUCCCCAGAACCCACGGAGGGCAUUACACCUUUCCAGCAGAUGGUGGCGUCCUGCUCUGGGGCAAUUAUUACAUCACUGUUCGUAACUCCUCUGGAUGUUGUGAAGAUAAGACUGCAAGCACAGAAGAAUCCUUUUCCCAAAGGAAAAUGUUUCGUGUACUGUAAUGGCUUGAUGGAUCAUUUAUGUGUCUGUGAAAAUGGAAAUGGAAAGGCAUGGUACAAAGCAGCCGGUCAUUUCAACGGCACUGUGGAUGCCUUCAUUAAGAUUAUACGCCGGGAGGGAGUUAGAUCUCUGUGGAGCGGCCUUCCUCCAACACUAGUGAUGGCGGUGCCUGCGACCAUGAUCUAUUUUACAUGUUAUGAUCAGCUGUGUGCUGCUCUGAAGGUCAGGAUGGAAGACAGAUCAGACUUGGCGCCGCUAUUGGCCGGUGCUAUCGCAAGAGUGGGCUCGGCCACAGUAAUCAGCCCCCUGGAGCUGAUCCGCACAAAGCUUCAGUCUGAGAAACAGUCGUACCGGCAGCUGAGCGCUGUGAUCUGGUCUUCAUUGCACAACGAAGGCUGGCAGUCUUUGUGGAGGGGCUGGGGUCCCACACUACUCCGAGACGUCCCCUUUUCAGCGAUGUACUGGUAUAACUAUGAGAAGGGUAAAGCCUGGCUCUGUGAAUACUACGGCUCUUCCAAUCCAACCUUUACUAUCACAUUCAUAGCUGGAGCACUGUCUGGAUCGAUUGCAGCGAUCGUCACACUGCCGUUUGACGUGGUGAAAACGAGACGACAGGUGGAACUGGGUGAACUGCAGGCAAUGAAUUUGUCUACGCAAGUCUCGUCCAGCACAUAUAAUGUGAUGAAAAGGAUAGUAUCAGAAAAUGGUCUGUUGGGACUGUUUGCAGGUUUUAUGCCAAGGCUGAUUAAAGUGGCUCCAGCGUGUGCCAUCAUGAUCAGCACAUAUGAGAUUGGAAAAGCUUUCUUCCGCAGACACAACCAGGAGAAACAAAUGGUGACCAGACUGCAGCCCAGUGCCUGAUCUCACGCACGCGCACACACACACACACACACACACCUGAGACACAGGAGCUACUCAGCAAAUCACUAAAUUACAAACAACAUUUAAUCACAGGACUUUGUUUAAAUGCAUUAGAAAAAUACAUUUUCACAUCAUGCAUUUAUUGUGGGCUUCUGUCUGUAGCAGAUAUUAAUUCAGAUCUGCUGCUGUGAAAUGAUCUGCCAUUUAGUAAAUAUUCAUUUAAAAGUGUAAAGGAGGAACAUGAUGCACAUCUUUUGGGUAUUUUUCUAUCAUCUAAAUUAUGCAGCUUCUACUUGGAUCAAAAUCAGAACAUUUAAUAUUCUCUAUUCUUUUAUUUAUUGAUGAAAAGAGGUGAAGAAAAAAUCUUUUUGACAAAUUUUAUUCUCGCCAAACACUAAUACAUCCCAGUGUUUAUUACAGUGAUUUUAAUCUAAAUGUUAGAUUUUUAUUCAAAUGUUUAAGGUUAAAUAUCUCAAUAGUCUUCUGUUUGGUUAUUUGUUAUUUCUGUUAUAAGUUUGUGUUAAUAAAUGAAGACAUUGUGUGUGAAUGGUGCCAAAACUCCUGAAACUAAAGCAACUCUAUUGUGUUAAGGCUAUAUUUUAAACUGAACAGUGUGUUGAAAUAAUUUAAAACAUAUUGAUCCUGACCUUACAAAGUAAGAUUGGACAACAGCAUUUAAAAUAGUAGAACUGUAUGUAAUUUUUAAAAUGCAUAAGUGAUUAAACAUUUUGUCUUUUUAUUUAUUUUUAUUCCAUUCCGAACAUAGCCAGUGUAACUUAAAAGAAAUAUUCCAUAGCAUUUGUGGCAUAAUGUUGAUUACCACAAAAAUUCAUUUUGACUUGUCCCACUUCUUUAAAAAAAAGCAAAAAUCUGGGUUACAUAUAAUGGCAGUGAAUGGGGCCAAAUUUUGAACAUUAAAAUACACGCUUUUCAAAAAGUAUAGCCACAAAACAUAAUAUUGCAUGUAAACAUCAUUUUAUUGCAAUAAAAUCACUUGCUGAUG